AUGCUGCUCUUGGAGUGGCUGGUCCUUGCGGUUAUCUACUUUUCCACGCCAGCUGUUGCUUGUAUUUUCAAAUAUGGAACAUCGCCUGAUUCAUUGGCACCUCCUCACGGUGGCAGUCCAUGGAACCAUGCGCUCCAAGGAGACGACUGGGCUGGUGUUGAUGCAGCGGGAAAUCCAUGGAUGUGCUUAACGGGCACGCAUCAAAGUCCGCUGAACCUGCCGAAUCCGGGUUCUCUAAAUCGCCACGGCGACCACAUCCCGGACAAGUUCCGUACCCGCUGGUCGUACCCAACCAUCUACUCUAACGGCUCUAACGUGGAGGUUAUCAACAACGGACACGCCAUCCAGAUUGAGUGGCUGUCGCCAUAUGCAGCCGACGUCGAGAUUGUAGUCCCAGGUGUGUCUAACGCGACACGCAUCGCCGCGGUCCUUAACAUGAAACCUGGUGACAACUUCACCACCGUCAAAGCCAUCCCGCUGCAGUUCCACUUCCACACGGUCUCCGAGCACCUGGUUGGAGGGAAGUACUACCCUCUUGAGCUUCACAUCGUCCACCGUGUGACUGACCUGCCCGCCUGCACCGCCGGCUGCUUCUCCGUGACGGGGGUGCUGUUCGAGCUGACUCAGUCGGAGGACAACCCCUUCCUGGAGGCCAUCUGGGCGGCCAUGCCCAUGCGCGAAGGGGCCAUCAACUAUUUGCCUCCGGACGCUGAGGUCCGUCUUGAGGAGCUUCUCCCUCCCCCUUCCUCCCGCGAGUAUGUCACCUACGAGGGCAGCCUCACCACCCCGCCCUGCUCGGAGGGGCUGCUGUGGCACGUGAUGCUCAAGCCGCAGAAAAUCAGCAUGGCGCAGUGGACCAAGUACAAGACGGCUGUGGGUUAUAAGGAGUGCAGCCCCAAGAACGCCACCACCUCAGCCACCAAUGCCACCAACACCAGGUACAACAGCCGCCACCUUCAUCGCGCGCAACAUCGCCGGCUGCUCACAGUGGGGGCGACGGCAGUGACAGCGGAGGAGGCGUCUUCAGAAGGCACCAAUCCGGACGACUACGUGUGCAAGGUCGUUGCGUACGGAACUAACUUCCGUGCCCCGCAGCAUGCAAACAACCGGACCAUCAAGCUGGCGCAGGUCCCAUGA